UGACGUGUAUAUCAUACGAUGCGGGGGGUGUUCCUCCUUUUCAGUAUCUCUGUGGGCGUUCUAAGUGUCUUAUGAUUUUCUUUGUCGUAAAUCGAUUCUUCAGCAAUUAUUAUCAUGGAAGGAAAUUCGGGUUCGGAUCCUGCGCGUCCUCUUCUGGCUAAUCGUGACAAUAACUCCGCCGAGAACGGUGGUCAGAGAAGCCGGCUCAGUCGCCGGAUAUCGGUUAGCUCGCUCAGAGCCUCUUUCACGUCCAAGCUUCCCGACAAGGUCCGUUCUGGCCUUGACUCCGAGUCUCCCUUCGACGUUGAUCUCUCCUCCACCACCGCCUUAAGCAAAGGGGAGAAAGAGUACUAUGAAAGACAAUUUGCUACUCUCAAAUCGUUUGAUGAAGUGGACUCGGUGGAAUCAUCUGACUGCAUUGAGGAAAGCGAUGAGGAGCAAGCUCAGCAAGAAAGAGCAAUGAAGAUCUCUAAUUAUGCAAAUGUAGCUCUGUUGAUAUUAAAGAUUUAUGCCACUGUAAGGAGUGGGUCAAUAGCUAUUGCAGCAUCAACUCUAGAUUCUCUACUUGAUCUCAUGGCUGGUGGUAUACUUUGGUUCACUCACCUCUCAAUGAAGAACAUAAAUAUUUAUAAAUACCCAAUUGGAAAGCUAAGAGUGCAGCCAGUUGGAAUAAUUAUUUUUGCAGCAAUCAUGGCAACACUUGGCUUUCAGGUAUUAAUCACAGCUGUACAACAACUAAUACAAAACAGUCCUGCUGAAAUGAUGACCACUGAACAGUUAAUAUGGUUAUACUCUAUUAUGAUAUUUGCAACAGUGGUGAAACUUAUGCUCUGGCUUUACUGUAGAAGCUCAGGAAACAAGAUUGUCCGAGCCUAUGCAGAUGAUCACCACUUUGAUGUUGUAACAAACAUGGUUGGACUAGUUGCCGCUGUUCUUGGUGAUAAAUAUUACUGGUGGAUUGACCCAGUUGGAGCUAUUUUGCUUGCAAUUUACACUAUUACAAACUGGUCCCACACUGUCAUGGAAAAUGCAGUUUCACUGGUUGGACAAUCUGCACCUCCCGAAGUUUUGCAGAAGCUGACAUACCUCGUUAUAAGGCACCCUCGAAUCAAGCGCGUUGACACUGUCCGCGCAUACACAUUUGGGGUCCUAUAUUUUGUGGAGGUUGACAUUGAACUGCCAGAAGAUUUACCCUUAAAAGAAGCACACGCUAUUGGAGAGAGCCUACAGAUAAAGCUUGAGAAACUUCCAGAAGUUGAGCGGGCAUUUGUUCAUUUAGACUUCGAAUGUGAUCAUAAACCAGAGCACUCAGUUCUCAUCAAACUGCCCAACAAUCAGCCUUGAGCACAUUAUUCAGGUCCCAUAUAUGAAGAAUAUAACUUUAAUUAAAAGAGAAGGAUUUAUUUAGUUCGGAAGAGUUCUAUCCAUUGGAAUAAUAAAGAGUGUGUUUGAAAGAGUGUGUUAGAGAAUGAGCAGGUAACAUUUCUGAAUUGAAAAAGAUCUUGAAUGGAAAUUAUUUUCUGUGUUACCUGUGUUGUUCUAUAAACUUUAAAGGAAAAGGUGAAUUACGCUAAAAAAAACAAAAAAGGGGGUAUGUGGACCUACUUUUUUUGGGAUAAUAACGUGUACUUUUUUACUCCAUUUCAAAAUGCCAAGGGUAAAAGCGGCCUUACCAUAGCUCAGAACAAUAUACAGUACACAAUAAGGACUAUGUAUAUUUAUUUCCAUUCUGUUCAAACUCUGACAGCAUAAUGAGAUUUAAAUACAUCAAA